CGGCAGGGCCCCGGAGCGUAGGGCCAACAAGAAGCAGACUAGCCGUCGAGACAAGGAUACGGCAAGCAAGCGCCAUGAACCCGUGAAGGAAGGACAAGGCGAGUGAGUCGCACGUGUUCAUGUUCAGCCGGAUGCGAGUGCCGGUCACGGAACGGUUGCAUGGCCGACACAGAGAGAUCCAUCCGGAAAGGUCGAAUUCCCGGGUCAAGCAGCCCGUCCAACAUCCGAUUUUGAGAGCGCCGCAGGGGACGCCCAACGCGGUGGACAUGGGCGUAGGCAGGACCGGAGACAAGUGCCUCGAUUUUCUCUUACGAAGGCUUGACGCCUUAGAAAAAAGAAGAGGACCAGGGCAUGUGACCGAACCUAUGUUCAGACUCUGUUCUCCUUUCUCGGAGAGGAUUCUCAGGGCACCUCUGCCAAAUAGCUUUCAAAUGCCGCCAAUUCCGAGGUAUGACGGAACUGCCGACCCACAGGAGCAUUUCAAUCGAUACCAAACCCUCAUGAACGUGGUAACGUUCUCCGAGGAGGUCCUCUGCAGAUCGUUUGCCGCCACUCUCGACGGACUAGCAUCCGAGUGCUUCAAUGAGCUGCCUGAGGGGAAGAUUGAUUCUUGGGAAGAUUUGGCGCGGAGGUUCCUAGUGCACUUCACCGGCAACAGGAAGAAGCUGCAUUUUUCACACCUCCUGUCGGUCAGACAGAGGCCUGACGAGCCAUUGAGGGAAUUCCUGGCGAGGUGGAAGCUGGAGACCACCAGAGUUUACGGGGCAGAUGACAAAACCAGGUUGUCCACCUUUCAUCUGGUCCUACGAUCAGGUGACUUCUCCAAGCGCUUGGCCUUGGAGAAGCCAAGGGAGUAUGCCAUCGCGCUGGCCAUGGUAGAGGAUGAGGCCGAACCAGAAGAGUUGGAGGCAAACAAGAAGAAGGAAGAGGCAGGAAGGCUGGGGCCCAUUUUGACGGCGGCAAAGCCUAUGACAAGGAAGGUCACUAUUGAUGAGCAGCCGCACUUGCCAGCUGGACACCGUUUUCGAAAGGGCAGAGAUCCGCGUGAUCGGCGGUCUUUCGGAAAAGACGUGUACGAAGAAGGGGCCGAGGAUAGAAAACCCAAUCCCCCAGGGGUCCCAAGCUGUUAUUUCCGGAUGAGCUUACACCCCUUACACACCCCGUUUCACAGAGCAGCCGGCCAUGACACGGACGCUUGUAAGGUCCUCAAGAGGGAUAUCGAGAACUUGAUCCAGGCCGGGUACCUGAGGCAAUUCGUCAAGAAGAAGAACACCUGGCGCAAGGACGAUGGAAAGAAAACCGGGGAUAACCGAGGGAAGAAACCAGCGGGGACCCAGCUGAAGAAGAGGAAGGAGAUAGGCCUUCCGAGUGAUGAGGAAGAAGAAACUAACCCUAGACAGAAGAGGGUUGAAGAGAGCCGAAUGAUCUACGGUGGUAACACCAGAGGAGAUAGUGCCGAGCAGAGGAAGAAGUGGGUGCACUCGGCUUACGUCGGGGACGUUUGCAGCGCAUCUGGACCGUCGAAGAUCACGAAAACAGAAACCCUCCUUUUCGGUCCCAAGGACUUACCUGAGAUUCCAUCCCUGCACUGAAACGCCCUGGUCGUCAAGUGCGAGAUCAACGAGGUGGUAAUUCACCGAUCCUACGUUGAUAAUGGGAGCUCGGUCAACAUCAUGUAUGUGAAGAUGUUUGAAGAGUUGGGAUUGAAAAAAGAACUCUUGAAGAGAGUAAGGACCCCCUUGUCCGAGUUCACAGGAGACAUCAUCGAUUCAGAGGGCCUAAUCGAGGUGAUGGUCACCUU